CCAAGAACAAUAUCCGCGGCAGCGUUUUUAUUGUUAUUUAGACAUUUAUCACCUUGGAACUUAAAAUAUUACUUCUAACUGCACAGCAUCACAUACUUACCUCGGGCAGUGUUUAAUUCGCGUUGGAGACAGGACUUGGUUGAUAGAUGUUAUCAAGGGAACGUUAGCUAGCUGCUAACAACAAUGGCUAACAGUAGGCCUAUGGUUUUUCACACUCAAAUAGCCUCCAUCAUGGAGGUGCUAGCGAAUGCAGCCGUGGCAGACAUCUGUAAACUCGUAGACGACGACUAUGCAGUGUUUCGUUUGGAAAUAACUCAAAGCCAGAAUGAAAGCAGGGCAUUGCGGAGGAAACUACAGCUACUUGAAAUGAAGGUGACACGGGAGCGCGCAGAGAGAACAACGCGAGAGCGCGUCCUCGCCAGUCGUCCCAGUAGUGUCAAGAUUCUCGACCGAUACAAAGGAAUGGCAAGAGGUGAAGCACAUCUCACUGGAGGCUACAGGAGUUCUGUGAAACCAGCGGGACACAAUACAUGGAGAGAUGACCAACCAAUCACCGUUGAUGAGGAGAGUGGAACCUCAACCCAGCAUGUUAUUGUGAUAGAGUCUGCAGAUGAAAAUGCAGCAGGUCCUGGGGUUAAGCUGGAGAGGACUGAACGAGAGAAGGACCCACGGCACCAGACUGGAGCAGCGGUUGGAGUGUCGCCCUCUGUAGCCAGUGAGGAACUCGCCGCUGCGCCAAAGGCCAGGACCCGACGCAGAAUCACGGAGGUCAGUGGAACGCUGAACGCCGUCCUCAAGUCAGAGUCAGACACCGAGACUUUAACUGUAACACAAAGGCCCUUACAACCAGGAUCUGACUACAGAUCAGACCCAGAGAGACUGGGCUGUCCACCUGUUCCCGGCUCAGAAUACUUUCUGGUAUUUCACCAGAGCCAGGGGACAGUUAAUUCCCGUGGAGAUGGUGACACGUUAGACACUGGCGGUGAUCCAUCUUGUUCUUACGCUACAGAGAUGGACCCUGGCAACAUGCUCAUGGGUUUAGAGACACAGACUGAUCUGUCUAGAGGGGACUUGAACCGGGACAGUAGUAGUGUAUACUCUGAAGGGUGCCUAGAUAAGAAAGGGGAGGUUCUAGUGGUAGAUGAGGUGACUGUGAAAGUGGAGGGCGACGCUCCUCCCACAUGGAAUGCAGAUAGUCACUUAGAAGAUGGACACUCACAGAACAGAGAUUUCUUUGAUUACAGGGGAAGCUUAGAUACAAAUCUAAAUGUCGCGACCCACUCUCCUUUACACUCGUUCAGGGAUCCCGAUGCCGUAUUCACGUCGAAGGCACUUUCCGAUUCACAUGGCAGCGUUCUUUUCAAUCAGGCAUUGAACUCAAAUGACAGGGUUAUAGCCCAGGCUCAGGGAGGGGGGGCCACAUCUGGCAAUAAUAAAGAGAAACGGUUCCUCUGCAUGUUCUGUAACAAAGGCUUCAGCUGCCCCCAGAAGGUGGAGAUCCACCAGAGGGUCCACACAGGAGAGAAACCCUUCAGCUGUACCCAGUGUCAUAUGUGCUUUGCCGAGGCUGGCAACCUGAAGAGGCACCAGAGGGUCCACACAGGGGUGAAACCCUUCAGCUGUACCCAGUGUCAAAUGCGCUUCGCUCAGGCUGGUGACCUGAAGAGGCACCAGAGGGUCCACACAGGGGAGAAACCAUUCAGUUGCCCCCACUGUGAGAAGAGGUUUUCCCGCCAGCACCAGCUGAAGAUGCACCUGAAGGUUCACACGGAAGAGAGGCCAUUCGCCUGUACGCACUGCAGGAAGAGGUUCUCAGAGAGGAGCUACCUCAGGAUACACCAGCAGAAAAACCAUUCCACUCAAUAGCAUACUAAGUAACCCUUCCAUUCGAUAGCUUCUGACCUUUAGAUCAAACUAUUCAUUAAAGACAGAUUCGUUUUCAUUGUUGUCAGCAUAAAGAUAACAUGAGUAAUAGAUUUCAGUGUUGAAUAUUUCUGGGUUGAAUAUUGUUAUAUAUGGUAUAUAUUUCAGCCUAAAAAGUCUGUUAGAUGUUGUGUUUGUACGGUUUAGCCUAUAUAAUGUUCACAAAUGCCUGUUUCAUUACUUCUAUUCAACUACUUAAUGUUUUUCUUAAGACACUUGUAAUGAGAAAUUGAAUGCAAUUCAUCUAGUUCAUGCAGAUUUUUGUUGUGUGUAUGUGUGGUUUUCAUGUGAUGUAUUUAAAACUUGUUUAUGUUUAAUAAACACAAAAUGGGACAUUU